GCAUGCGUAAUCGGUAGUUGUAACCGAGUACCUGUUGUAAGUUCAGGAUCUUCCGCUUGCAGUGUUUUGAUUCAUUAUUUCGUUUCCUAUAAAUAUUGUCCUUAUUGGAUAUUGUUCGAGGUUAAGUGGAACGUCAGGCUACGGACAAUUUUCCGUCUGGUAUACUUUAACAUCGGAAUGGGCGUCCUUUGGAUAAAUUUUUCGACGGUACUGCAUUGCUGAAAACGCCAUGAUUCAGAACUCUGCUCUUUGAGCGUGCUGUUGAAUACGUGUGUGUCAGAAGGGAAACAGCGACAGUACACACAGACACGUAAUAGUUUACAGGUCACCAUGGAGUCAAUUAAGAGGAGACUCAGUUUUCGGAAAAAGAAACCACAUGUUCCAGAAUGUUCAAAACCUCACCAAUGGCAGGAAGACGAAAAGAAGGUGCGGGAUGGCACAUGCAGCUUUCAAGUCAGGUAUUUGGGUUGCCUUGAAGUGUUCGAGUCACGAGGGAUGCAAGUAUGCGAAGAAGCUGUGAAGACAUUAAAAUCUCAAUGUCGAGGGAAGUACCAGCGAGCAAUACUCUACGUAUCUGGUGAUGCCCUCAGAGUAGUGGAUGAGAUCAGUAAGAGCAUGAUUGUGGAUCAGACGAUAGAAAAAGUUUCGUUCUGUGCACCUGAUCGCAAUCAUGAAAAAGGUUUCGCAUACAUUUGUCGUGACGGCACCACCAGACGAUGGAUGUGCCACGGUUUUCUUGCCGUGAAAGAAUCCGUAAGUAGGUUCUUCAAAGCCCGACAUAGGAAUAGAAGAUCAGGGGAGCGGCUGAGCCAUGCUGUGGGAUGUGCCUUUGCAAUCUGCCUGGAAAGAAAACAGAAACGUGACAAAGAGGUGACAACCAGUGUGACAGUUACCUACAGUCAAGACCGCACCAGCUUCACGCGAAUGGGCUCCUUCCGCCAGACAUCACUAACGGAGCGGAUCACAGACCCACAGAGUGCCAUUAUAGCAGAGCCAGUCCCAGUAAAGAAGGUAGACAACCCAUUUGCUGUCCAGAGACCACGGGCCACUCCCAACAUGCUGCAAAGACAGGGAUCAUUCAGGGGCUUUGAAAAUUUACAGGCGGAGUCCUCUCCCUUUAAACGCUCUGUUUCCUUACGGCUGAACGACUUGCCAUCAACUCUACAGCGACAAAAUGCUGUAUAUGAUACAUCACCACCUAAAACAUCCAACACAGGUAUAACUGGGCCUAUACAAGAGAUGUCGCCUACUAAAGAGGAGGAGGACUCCAUCUCCCAGAUGUGUCAGCAGCUCACCCGAGGGUUGUCUGCCCUUACUUCUGAGGAUCCAUUUGCAGCGGCGCCAUCGUCAUCAUUCCAGAACCAACAAGCACCUCAGCCUCCUCAGGCCAGCCAUGCUCACCAACAGGCCAGCACUAUUCCAUCAUCAUCAGCCCAGCAAUCAUUCACAAUGGCAGGCCAGUCUCCAGGUAUGUUUGCCCAGCAAACAGGUGUGCCAGUACAACAGACCAACCCUUGGGCAUCACAGCCCCACCCAGCUGCCAGUCGAGUGCCAAACCAGACAGCAGACUUGUGGCCCCCAACGUCUACAAACCCCUUUGCAGGAGCACCUGUUGUCAAUGGUGUGCCUUCCGCUUCAAGAUUCCCCCAGCCCCCACCUCGCACCUUGAACCAGCCCCAUCCCCAUAUUCAACACACUCGAAGUCAUUCCAUAGACACUGGUGAGCUUUCUGCUGGUCACAACUGGGCCAUGCAGCACCAACAAAAACCAACACUAUUAGAAAUGUCGGCUAAUCAGAGGAGCUUUCAACAAAAUGGUAGCCCAUGGUCAAAUUCUGGGGCUGUGGGAGCCUCAUCGACGACGACACAAGGUGGCAAAGACGUUGUCGACCCAUUUGAUGUAGCAUGGGCAGCAAAUGCUUCGGGUAAACAACAUAACCCUUUUUCAUCUUCAAAUACAAAGGCAUUUGAGGUGAAGUUAUAGGACAAUUCAUGUGUGUGUUUUACACAAAGGAUACAUCAUUAGGGAAAAAACCAAAAUGUGAUAUAAAUAUUGUGUAUCACGAUGUGGGAAAUAUUCUAAGUGAUAAAUACUGUGUAUCGCUGUAGCGGCCGAUUGUGUCACUGAAGAAAGCAUACAAGGCAGGCCUUAAGGCCAGUGAACACACCUGUUGGGACCCCCUGUCUACUGGAGAGGACGUUAGCUAUUUAAUUAGGGGGCAUCGUGGGAUGUCUUGUGGUGUCAUUUAGAAAGUGCUGUAGGAAGGCAGACAGAUUUUCAUGAAAAAGAACUUUGUAUUCAAUGUGAAGUUGGAAUAUUUACUGUAUAGACAGACAACAAAACACCUUUUCAUCAUCAUCAGUGUUAUUUGGGAGACUGUAAUCAGAGAUCCUAUGGCCAAGGGACCCAAUAUCAUCAGAGAAAUUAAAACUCAUUUCUCAAAAAUCAGAUUAAAUUUAACAAUCGAAAGGAAGUUUGGAAUAUGUUAUAUGUUUAAUUCCAACAAAAUUUAACAAUCGAAAGGAAAUUUGAGAAUAUGUUGUAUGUUUAAUUCAAACAAAGAAUAUUUAUUAUUAGAUGUUGUUAAUGAAAUUUUAAUGAGUCAGUUGUACUGAAACUAAAGGUCCUUUACCAUAAUGUAACAUUUCUGACAUAAACAUGCUUCAGGUUUGCUUUUUGGCCUCGAAGGCCCGGAUUCGCUGCUGCAGUUUCAUUUUAGUGCAAAGUCUGGUAAAAAAAUAAGUUCCAUCGUCAUUAUUGCAAUGAUCAUUGAAAUGGUCAUUAUCAUCAUUGUUAUUAUUUACACACAAUUAACAGCUGUAGUAGCUUCAUAAUAAAGUUGUGAUUAUGUAUUACAAAUGCAAAACUUUGAUUUCAAUACUGAAGGUUGUCACGGUAUCAUAUCAUUUUAUCAAGGUUUGUGUUGAGUAUUGAUUCAUUGUAGGACUCAUUUACAUUCAUAUUUUAAACUGUUUACAAUAUUAUAUAUAUAUAGAUAUAUGUUAUAUACUAGCUGUAUAUCAUUAUAGUAGUUUCAAACCUAUCAAAAAACUGUGAUUUGCAGCAGGCUGCCAGGGUAGUCUCCCUUGAAUGCAUUCGUAUUUGUGUAAGAUAGUGUCACAUGCUUAAUUUAAGACUCCAACUUGGUGUAACAACAAAUGUGAAAUGAUUAAUGCCCUUAUAUUAAGAGUGAUUAAGUUUUAGAUUUUGUUUCAUAAUUGUUGUAAAGUGAUUUUAUUUUUAUGCUAUGUAUUAGAAUCAGCUGGAGAAACGAUUUUAUAUAAAAAAUUAAAUCUGUAAUAACUUUUACAUGGACAUUUUAGAAUAUUUUCCUCCAAAUAAUAUUAUUUUAUAUUCUAGUUUCUAGUACCUUUUGCAGCAAGUUGUUUUGAGUCUUGAGUAAAGCUUGUGCUGACCACAGUAGUUUAGGUGACUGGCAUAUGGUGGUAUAGAUAAUUUUUUCUUUAAUGAGAUUUUAUAUGAUAAGGAUUUCAUUGUUAUCUUUUAUAACUAGUUAUAUAAUUGAAAACAUUUGUAAACAUGGCUUCCAUAUUUAAUUUUAAGGAAAAGAUUACUUUGCCAUUUAAAAAUUUUCCUGGUUUUUAUAUAACAAGAAACUUUAUACCUUGGUUAACAAUGAUGGACAGAGUUGUUCCCCUUCUAGGAUAUUUUUUAAAAAUAGACAACGUAAAUAUUACAAGUAUCCGUGUAUUCUGAUUAGAGAUAUUUACAUUAACUGGGGGAUGAGAAUUAAGAUGGGAAGUUGGUCACAAAGAUAAUUGCAAUAAAGAUAUGUUAAUACGUAUAUCAUAUGUGUAUAUGUAAGUUCAUUAUCUUGUAUCAUCUUCACUACCAUACUUCACAGUUUCAAAGAAAACAUGUUUAUAAGGUCAGUGUUUGUGUAUCAAAUUUUACUGAUAUACAUUUUUUUAAUGUGGUUGUUUCUCUUAUUUGUACUCAAAAAUGGUUGUAUGAUUCAGCUGAUGAAAUUCAAUAAUUUUAUCAAUUAUUAUUAUGAUUUGAUAUUUUAAUCGCUUUCUACUAAGUUAUCUUCAGUCUUACAAAGCACUUAGAUAAUUAUUUUUUUACUAUUUGACUUAUAUAAGCCUAAAUCCUCAGUUGUUACCCAAUGUUGGAGAUGGUUAGAUCCAGCUCUAUACAAUAUACAUAUGUAUAAACUUACUAACAGUAUACUGUGUCUAGAAAAGUGCAUGUGAUGGUGAUUCAGGGGGCCAAUAACUUGAGUGCUUUAGUGAACAGGAUUUACUAUAUAUAGUUUCUGUGUAUAUACCAAACAAGGGAAAGUUAAGUCUUUUUUUUUACAAUAUAUUUACAACCAGGCAAGGCAAAAACAUGUGUCGUAUGUGGACACUUUUAUUGUAAAGGGCUGUGUACCUUCUCUGUGAAAACAUCUACUCUGCUAGUUAGAUAGCACAGGAUAGAUUAUAUUUUAACUUUUUUUUUUCUUUACAAAUAUCUGUUUGCUUUGUUGAUUUUCAAAUCAAGCUUCAAAUGAUGUUAAUUUGUCUUGUAUCAGUGAGGUAUGUCUUUCCAAACAACUUCAUCUGUAGAAAUUUAUGUAUCUAUUUUUGAUUAAAUUAAAAAUUUGUGAUAUAGUGUAAAAUUACAUCUACUACAUAUAGUCACAUGAAUUAACCAGUACAAUAUUUUGCCUUUUUUUAUUUGCUAAACACCUUUACAGGUUUGUUACUGUACAAUACUGUGUAGAAGUCUAAUGAUUGGCCAGAAUUUUAAAUAAACCUUUACUAGUGUAAUGUAAUGUGAGCUAAUAUUGGUUUGAAAAAAGGCGCCCUAUUGAUUUAAAUCAGCAACACAAUUUAAAAUAAUAUAUAUUGUACAGAAAUUUCUUUUACAUUAAAAGACAAUUUUUAAGAAAAAAAGGUUUUAAUGACUUGAUGAUAAACACAAGUGCCAAAAUCUGUUUUAAGACUUUCUUUUUAAACAUCAUUCUUCACACAGAAAUGUUUAAUAACUUGUGUUAUGGCUGUAUAUAGUUUUAGUUCUCAUUAGUCCAACAAGGUAGUCCUAGCUUUGGUUUCAUCAACAUUACUAAAUAAAUUGAAGGAGAUUUUCCUUUACUUAAUUUUACAAUUUUUAGAAAAUCUAAGUUUCGUUUUUAAUCAUUGCAGUGUAAAAGUUGGCGGGCCAGUAGGUGACAAGCAUGGCUUAGCAAUACUCAGUUUGCUUGUAAUAUUGAAGAAAAUUAAAGUUUCCUAUACUAAUAUUUUCCCCUUAACUCCAGUAAUGCUUUUUCCAUGCUCAAAUUUAAGUUAGUGAAUUCUUUAGGUUAAGAAAUGUUGAUGAAACUUUUGCCAGUUACCUUAAAUGUACAUGUUUUGACAUCGGAUUAAAGACCAGGCUGGUAAUGAUGCUGAACUCGUAAAUGUAACAAACAAUUACUACUGCAAAUGUAUACAUAAAUCAGGAAAAAGUGUCACUAGAUUAUCCUCAUACAGCAUAAUUUCUCACUAAAAUAUACCAUAAUUAAAAGGUUUUCUGUACACCUGAUUGGCUUUUAACUGUAUGUUAGGGAGAGACGAGAGAGUGGGUGUAUUACAAAUUGUGAGUAACUGAAGGAAUAAGUGAAGAAGGGAGAAUGUCAGUAGCUAUGGUAAUGUCGGCUGAUGAACUCCGACCUUGUUAGCACUGAUUGUAACACUACAUGUGUAUUUUACUCUCUUCUCUGAUAAAUAAAUGAAAUUUGAUAAUAAGUAUAAA